AUGAUGGAGUUGGAGAAUGGCACAGUGAAAACUGAGUUCUUUCUCCUGGGAUUCAGUGACCAUCCAGAACUUCAGAGUCUUCUUUUUGCUGUGUUUCUUUCUAUCUACUCUGUUACCCUGAUGGGGAACCUCGGGAUGAUUUUACUAAUCACAGUCAGUUCCCACUUGCACACCCCUAUGUACUUUUUCCUCUGCAUGUUGUCAUUCGUAGAUGCAUGCUACUCUUCUGUCAUUGCCCCGAAAUUACUUGUAAAUUUGGUUUCUGAUGAGAAAGCCAUUUCCUACAAUGGCUGUGCUGCACAGUUAUAUUUUUUUUGCUCUUUGGUUGACACAGAAUCUUUCCUCUUGGCUGCCAUGGCAUAUGACAGGUACAUAGCAAUUUGCAAUCCACUGCUUUAUACAGUUAUUAUGUCCAAGAGGGUUUGUUGCCAGCUUGCAAUUGGAGCAUAUUUGGGUGGCACGCUGAGCUCAAUUAUUCAUACCACUAACACUUUCCAGCUGUCUUUCUGCUCCAAAGAAAUUAACCAUUUCUUUUGUGAUAUCUCCCCACUCUUCUCUCUGUCCUGCACUGACACUUACGUGCAUGACAUUAUUCUGGUGGUCUUUGCUAGUUUGGUGGAAGCUAUCUGUCUUCUAGCAGUUCUCUCUUAUAUGUGCAUUGUAGCAGGUAUUCUUAAAACCAGUUCUGCAGAGGGAAGAAAAAAAGGGUUUUCCACUUGUGCUUCCCACCUCAUCGUGGUCACCAUUUAUCAUGGUACCCUCAUCUUCAUUUAUCUGCGCCCCAGCACAGAUCAUUCACUGGAUACUGAUAAGGUGACCUCUGUGUUCUAUACAUUGAUUAUACCUAUGCUGAACCCCCUAAUUUACAGCCUAAGGAACAAAGAUGUCAAAAAUGCCUUUAGAAAAAUUAUUAGCAGAAAAUUGCUUGCUUAG